CUCGCUGCUAGUAGUAUAUCAGUAGGAGAGCGCGAAGACGUCGUGUCGACAUGUCUUUGUUAAUAGUUUUUAUAUUGACCGCGGUUAUCAGUUCGUACGCAGCGACACCAAAACAAUGUUUCGACAACACGUUUCACUUCGGGGUGGGCUCAUCAGCGCUCCAGACUGAGGGCGCCUGGAACUUAUCAGGGAAAGGCGAAAGCAUCUGGGACAGGUACAGCCAUGAUAAUCAGGAUCUAGUGUUCGACCACACUAACGCUGACGUCGCCACUGACUCCUACCACAAGUAUAAAGACGACAUCAGGAACAUCAAGAAACUCGGCGUCACCUUCUACAGGUUCUCCAUAGCAUGGUCGAGGAUCCUACCCACUGGACUUAUAGAUGAAAUUAAUGAAGACGGUAUCAAACAUUACCACGCGGUGAUCGAUGAAUUAUUAAAGGAAGGCAUAAAGCCAAUGGUGACCAUGUAUCACUGGGACCUGCCGCAGAGCCUGCAGGAGUUGGGAGGCUGGACCAACCCCAUCAUAGCGGAUUACUUCGUCGACUAUGCUAGGGUCCUGCUUCAAAAUUUCGGUGGAAAAGUGAAUACGUGGGUGACUUUCAACGAACCGUAUUCCUUCUGCCACGAUGGAUACGGAGGCCUUUAUGCUCCUGGGACCCGCUCCAGUGGACGCCAUGACUAUCUGUGCGGCCACAACGUGCUAAGAGCACACGGCAUGGCGUUCAGAAUGUAUGAGAAGGAGUUUAGCCAUCUUAAAGCUUCGGUGAGCAUAACCUUGAACAUGUCAUGGCUGGAGCCAGCGACUACAUCCGUAGACGAUCAGGCAGCUGCAGAGCGCGCUAGGCAAUUCUCUUUUGGCUGGUUCGGUCAUCCAAUACUUUCUAAGGAUGGAGAUUACCCUCCAGCGAUGAGGGAGGCAAUAAACCGCAACUCCAGAAUCCAAGGCUUUAACCACUCACGCCUCCCAACCUUCACGCCAGAAGAGGUAGCCAUGAUAAAGAAGUCGUACCACUUCGUGGGAUUAAAUCACUAUACAACAUUUUUGGUGAGAUUAAUACUUGCCGGAAUUUGUAAGGUUUCAAAAAGAUCUGGUAUCAUCGAUACCAAACCAUCAUACGAGAAUGACGUCGGAGCGAUAUUACGUCAGAGCCCGACGUGGCCUAAAACGAAUUCCUCGUGGUUAAAAGUGGUGCCGUGGGGCUUCAGGAAAGCUUUGAACUGGAUAAAAAACACCUACAACAACCCGCGACUAUUUAUCACGGAGAAUGGGGUGUCGUAUGAAGCAGGCCUUCAAGACGUGAAGCGAGUGAACUACAUCGAGGCGUACCUGCGCUCGGUACACGACGCCAUAUACAAGGACGGCUGCAAUGUGUUCGGGUACACUUACUGGAGUCUCAUGGACAAUUAUGAGUGGAUGAGGGGUUACUCCGAACGUUUCGGUCUGUUCGAGGUGGACUACAAGUCCUCGAACCUGACGCGGUCGGCUCGCCUCUCCGCCGCCUUUUACUCCACAGUCGCCAGGACCAAGUGCAUCCCAGACAACUUCAAUUACAACUUUAACAAUGAUACUAAUAAUUAGAAUCUGAGGUUACUCUUGUUUUUAAUUUAAAGGCCCUAUGUAACACCAUACACUUUAAUAUAUUUCUUUCCAUCCUGUAUUGUUAAUUAAACCUAUACUGGUUUGAGUAAAAUAAUACUUAAAUAGGCUAAUAUAAUUUCGCAAUAAUUUUGCGAAAACUCGAUUUUAUAAUUUAGUACUGAUAUCAAAUGAUGAUAUUAAUAUCUAUGUUAUAUAGGACCUAUAAGUGUUAGACAAAUAAAUGAAAUAAAAUACAGGACGACUUGUAUCUGCUUACGAUGUACGUGUAAGGAAGAAUUAUAUAAUGUUUUAGGUUUAACGAUAUACGCGGUAACAUUUAGGUAGUCCUCGUCCUUACAACACACAUCACAUAUUUUACCCCCGAAGGCUUAGGCAAAGGUGCAAUCAGGGUACCCACUUUUCACCAAGUGUGUUCCGUCUUGUGAUGUAAUAAGGGAGGCAAACCUAUCGCGAUAGGGGACAAAUUACGUACCAAAUAGCGGAAUCUAGUCCCCCUCUCAUCCAACUAGAAACAAAACAAUCUAUAACUUACUUUGUGAAAAUAAAACUAAUUUGUGAAUCAUGAGGAAAAAAUCUAUCGCGAUAUCGGGCACAGACUCCGUAUUCCGGGCUGAAGCUGGGCAGAAAAACCUAAUAUCACUUUGCACUACCUGGGAUUCGAACAACGUACCUCAAAGCGAUGUCGUACCGCGCACGCAAUACAGCUACGCCAUCGAAGCAGUCAA